UAACUACAUUGUACGCGGUGCAUACAGUCACGUGACCACUCGUCGGCGCGUUCCCACAGUAUGGCGGAGGGAGCAGUUGUUCGGAUGGAUUGUUACUCACGUUUGAAUACAUGGUUCGUGUCGUGACCUGGAGAGGGAUUUUAACCGACGAAACGUUUCAGAGAACUUGAGAAAAGAAAGAAAGAAAAAUAAAAAAAACCGGAAGACAAAAUAAAAACAACUUCACAGUCGUAUUUUCCCAGCAUGGCGGACCGCGGCGCCGAUUUGGCGGCUUUACCCAAAGAGGUGAAGGACCAGCUGGCGGAGUUGGAGCUCGAGCUUUCCGAAGGUGAUAUCACACAAAAGGGCUACGAGAAGAAAAGAGCUAAGCUGCUGGCCCCGUACAUACCACAUACCCAAAAUGUGGAUCCAGGCCUAAAGAGUAUCCACUUGGCUCCAGGCCCUGGUGUCGACUCCUCUCCCAGCCCAGACGCUGGACCCUCGGCCCCUCCACGGCAACACCGCUUGCACCGCAGCGGGGGGACCCGCGAUGACCGUUACAGAUCAGAUAUCCACACGGAAGCUGUACAGGCAGCUCUGGCCAAGCAUAAAGAGCAGAAGAUGGCGCUGCCCAUGCCCACUAAGCGUCGAUCUGCCUUCGUCCACGCCGCUGUGGAGAACUGCACCCCUCCUGACACGUCGUCCGCGUCGGAGGACGAAGGGUCUCUGCGCAGGCGUCAGGCUGCAGUGAGUGCGGUUCUCGCUCAGAGUCUGCAGAAUUCUGAGUUCUGGAUCAAUCGCUCAAUCCAGGGAUCAUCCACUUCAUCCUCGGCCUCGUCCACCCUGUCACACGGAGACGGCAGCAAGAACCACAUCCAGAAUACACUGGCAGAUGUGCUCGCACACACUCGCAUAGAAAGCAGCAAUGUUCCUCCUGAUGUGACGGCGUCCUCCGUGCCACAAGACAGAAACUCGCGGGUGGAAGUGAGUUCCAGUCCUGUAGUGAAGGGCAUGAGUCGCGGCAGCAACCGCUCCAGCAUGAUGGACACUGCAGACGGUGUUCCAGUGCACAGCAGAGUCUCGACCAAGAUCCAGCAGCUGCUUAACACGCUGAAGAGACCUAAACGUCCUCCACUCAGUGAAUUCUUCCUGGAUGACGCUGAGCACAUUGUGGAAGUCCCUCGGCCGGAUCCUAACACUCCGCGUCCUGAGGGUCGUCAGAUGAUUCCAGUGAAGAGUGAGCCCCUGGGCGUAGUGAGUAACUGGCCCCCGGCCCUGCAGGCAGCACUUGCCCGAUGGGGUGCCACACAAGCCAAGAGCCCAGCUCUCACAGCGCUGGACAUCACUGGCAAACCACUCUACACUCUCACCUAUGGUAAACUGUGGAGCCGUAGUCUGAAACUGGCAUACACACUCUUAAACAAACUGGGCACAAAAAACGAGCCUGUGCUCAAACCUGGAGACCGGGUGGCCCUGGUCUACCCUAACAGCGACCCUGGUAUGUUCUGGGUGGCUUUCUAUGGCUGUCUGCUGGCUGAAGUCAUUCCUGUUCCAAUAGAGGUGCCACUGUCUCAGAAGGAUGCGGGAAACCAGCAAGUUGGCUUUUUAUUGGGGAGCUGUGGGAUAGGUCUGGCUCUCACCAGUGAAGUGUGUCUUAAAGGCCUACCAAAAACACCUAGUGGAGAAAUACUCCAGUUCAAAGGAUGGCCUCGGCUCAGAUGGGUCGUCACCGACACCAAGUAUCUUACGAAACCUUCUAAAGACUGGCAGCCGCACAUCCCCACUGCUAACACUGACACAGCCUACAUCGAGUACAAGGCCAGUAAGGAAGGCACAGUGAUGGGGGUGGCUGUCUCGAAAAUCUCCAUGCUGACUCACUGCCAGGCUCUCACACAGGCCUGCAAUUACUGUGAAGGAGAGACUCUGGUCAAUGUUCUGGACUUCAAGAAAGACAUGGGCCUGUGGCACGGGGUCCUGACAAGUGUGAUGAACAGGAUACACACCAUCAGUGUGCCCUACGCUGUCAUGAAGGCCUGUCCUCUAUCCUGGGUGCAGCGAGUCCAUGUCAGCAAAGCACGUGUGGCCCUGGUGAAAUGUCGGGAUCUUCACUGGGCUAUGAUGGCUCAUCGAGACCAAAAGGACAUAAACCUAUCCUCCCUGCGCAUGCUCAUUGUAGCUGACGGUGCUAAUCCCUGGUCUGUGUCCUCAUGUGAUGCCUUCCUGAACGUGUUCCAGACUCAUGGCCUGAAGCCUGAGGUGAUUUGUCCCUGUGCCUCUUCUCCCGAGGCCCUGACUGUAGCUAUACGCAGGUCGGGUGUCCCAGGCGCUCCUCUUCCUGCCAGAGCCGUCCUGUCUAUGGGAGGACUGAGUCAUGGAGUGAUCCGUGUCAACACCGAGGACAAGAACUCGGCUCUGUCUGUGCAGGACGUGGGCCAUGUCAUGCCCGGAGCUCUGAUGUGUAUAGUCAAGCCAGACGGGCCUCCCAUGCUGUGUAAAACAGACGAGAUUGGCGAGAUUGUGCUGAACUCUCGGGCUGGUGGCACCAUGUACUACGGCUUACCAGGAGUCACCAAAAACACAUUUGAGGUUAUUCCUGUAAACUCAGGUGGAACUCCUAUUGGAGAGACACCUUUCACCCGUACAGGACUCUUGGGCUUUGUGGGUCCGGGCAGUUUGGUGUUUGUUGUGGGGAGAAUUGAAGGACUGCUCAUGGUCAGUGGACGCAGACAUAACGCAGAUGACCUGGUGGCCACAGCGCUGGCCGUAGAGCCGGUUAAAACAGUCUACAGAGGGAGGAUUGCAGUGUUCUCAGUCACUGUGUUCUAUGAUGAGAGGAUCGUGAUCGUGGCCGAGCAAAGACCCGAUGCCAACGAGGAGGACAGCUUCCAGUGGAUGAGUCGAGUACUCCAGGCUAUAGACACUAUCCAUCAAGUGGGCUUGUACUGUUUAGCAUUAGUCCCAGCCAACACUUUGCCCAAGACGCCUCUGGGUGGCAUCCACGUGUCUGAGACGAAGCACUGCUUUGUGGAGGGCUCCCUGCACCCUUGCAACAUCCUCAUGUGCCCUCACACCUGUGUGACCAACCUGCCCAAACCUCGGCAGAAGCAACCAGUGGGAGUAGGUCCAGCCUCCAUCAUGGUAGGGAACCUGGUGGCAGGGAAGAGGAUUGCCCAGGCUACAGGCAGGGAGUUGGGCAUCAUUGAUGAUCAGGACAUGUCCAGGAAGCAUCAGUUCCUGUCGGAGGCACUGCAGUCGAGAGCUCAGACUGACCCGGAUCAUGUCCUCUAUAUGCUCCUCAAUGCCAAGGGGGCAGCAGUGAGCACAGCCACAUGUUUGCAGCUUCACAAACGAGCUGAGAAGAUUACAGCAGCGCUGCUGGAGAAAGGAGGCAUUAACACUGGAGACAACGUGGUGCUGCUCUACCCUCCUGGCAUCGAUCUUAUUGCCGCUUUCUACGGCUGUCUGUACGCCGGCUGUAUACCAGUGACGGUCCGACCUCCUCACCCUCAGAACCUUGCGGCUACACUUCCCACAGUGCGCAUGAUCAUAGACGUGAGCAAAGCAGCUUGCAUCCUGACCACUCAGGCUCUCAUGAAGACUUUACGAUCUAAGGAAGCCGCAGCCAGCGUGAAUGUGAAGACGUGGCCCACUAUCAUAGAUACAGAUGAUCUUCCAAAGAAGCGGCCGCCUAACAUCUAUAAACCUCCCACACCCGAGAUGCUGGCUUAUCUGGACUUCAGUGUGUCCACCACUGGCAUGUUGACAGGCGUGAAGAUCUCUCAUGCUGCAGUGAGUGCUCUGUGUCGCUCCAUUAAGCUACAGUGUGAGCUGUACUCUUCCAGACAGGUGGCCAUCUGCCUCGACCCCUACUGUGGCCUUGGCUUUGUCCUCUGGUGCCUCUCCAGUGUGUAUUCAGGUCAUCAGUCCAUCCUGAUUCCCCCAAUGGAGCUGGAGGGCUCUCCUCCUCUGUGGCUGAGCACACUCAGUCAGUAUAAGAUCAGAGACACCUUCUGCUCCUACUCUGUCAUGGAGCUCUGCACCAAGAGCCUGGGCACACAGACCGAGCUUCUGAAGACGCGGGGUGUGAAUCUGUCAUGCGUGAGGAGCUGUGUUGUGGUGGCAGAGGAAAGGCCUCGGCUGGCGCUAACACAGUCCUUUUCCAAGCUGUUCAAAGACCUGGGCCUUUCGCCACGCGCAGUCAGCACCGCAUUCGGCUCCAGAGUCAACCUGGCCAUCGGCCUGCAGGGAACGGCUGGUCCAGAUCCUUCCACUGUUUACGUAGACAUGAAAUCCCUCCGCCACGACCGGGUGAGACUGGUGGAGAGAGGCGCUCCUCAGAGUCUGCCCCUCAUGGAGUCAGGAACUAUUCUUCCAGGAGUGCGAGUAAUUAUCGUGAAUCCAGAAACUAAGGGACCACUUGGGGACUCCCAUCUAGGCGAAAUCUGGGUGAACAGUCCUCACAACGCCAGCGGCUACUACACCAUUUAUGGCGAGGAGAACCUGCAGGCGGAUCACUUCAACACACACUUAAGCUUUGGCGAGACUCAGACACUGUGGGCCAGGACCGGCUAUCUGGGCUUCAUCAGGAGGACCGAGCUGCUGGACGCUACCGGAGAUCGUCACGACGCGCUGUUUGUGGUCGGCUCACUGGAUGAGACGUUGGAGCUGCGCGGUCUGCGCUAUCACCCCAUCGACAUCGAGACCUCAAUAUCACGGGCACAUCGCAGCAUUGCCGAGAGUGCCGUGUUCACUUGGACCAACCUGUUGGUGGUGGUGGCUGAGCUGAGCAGCUCUGAGCAGGAAGCUCUGGAUCUUGUGCCUCUGAUCACUGGAGUGGUUUUGGAGGAGCACCACCUGAUCGUGGGAGUGGUGGUUGUGGUAGACCCUGGCGUCAUCCCCAUCAACUCUCGCGGGGAGAAACAGCGCAUGCACCUGCGGGACUCCUUCCUGGCGGACCAGCUGGACCCCAUCUACGUGGCCUACAACAUGUGAGCUGACGGGAGCUGCUUCAGGUCAUCGGAAAUAAAAUGCCAGUCUUUCCCAAGCGGGGGGAGGGGGGCCAUCAGCUAAUCAUCUCCGUGCCUCUUGAUAACACGAGACGCGGUAUCAGACAGGCAGCAUCGUUUGCAGGAGGCGCUCCUUUUCUCCUUGUGCUAGACUAACAAGUUAACCCCGCCAUGUUUUUUAACUCGCAACUUUUACCGACAGCCAUUUUGAAGAGCACAAAGGCAAAAAAAAAAGUUGCAAGUUAUUGACUCCUUGCAGUUGCCUCUUCAGUAAGGCAGUCAGUACCACCGGCCCUAAAGACUUUGCGCUCUGGUUUGAGACCAGACAGAAGACUGGAGGGACUUACAUACAUAAGACUUGUCCUUGCACUUUAUUCCUCCUCCUUUUGAGCCUUUUUUUUUUUUUUGUGGGGGAGGGUGUCCUUAAUUUUUCAUUCUAGAAGUGCAAACAAAUUUAAAGAUUUAAACAUAUUUUGUCCAUCUGGGGAGAAAAAGGUCUGGUUUGGUGUAGUCUGAGAUCACAUUAUGCAUCAUUCAUGAGGGCAAAACACUGUCCUGAUUCAAGAGGGCUUCUGAAAACCCUCAUCGGUGCUCACUCUGAACUUCAAGCACCAGUUCUCCCUUGCUGGACAAAAACAUCAGAUGGACAUGGUUGAGUAUUAGCAGAAUCACCAGCGCCGUUGGCUGUGCUAGUUUGACACGCAGAAUUUGCUUAGUUCAUAUAUAUUUUGUCUUUUACUCAGAACUACUAGUUGUUUUAAAGUGGAAAGUGAAAGGUUUACAUCCAAACCUCUGUUUGCGCGCAUGAGAAUAGAUUUUAUAACUCGUAUUGCCAACAGUAAUGCACAGCAUUUGAUAACCAGUGUGAUUAAAUAGCUUUUAAAGGAUCCUCAUAGGAAGCACAAGACGAUUCGAACAUACUGGAUUUCUAUCUUGAAAUUUAUAUGCAGUGAACUAAUGUACACUUAGGGUCAAAUGAAAGUUUCAAGAUAAACUCCAUGCCUUAUGAAACCUGUGGAUAUUUUACUUUUAUAUGUAUGUUUUAUCCUUUUAUUUGUAUUGCUGUACUUAUACUUUGUACUGGUAUCAAAGGGACUGUGGACUGGUGAAAAUCUGGAAGGCUUCGUGUGUGUGUGUGUGUGUGUGUGUGUGUGUGUGUGUGUGUGGAUUAUUGUAGUGUCUCACUGGGUGUUACUGUAUAAUCAAACGGACAUGUCAUCACAGUCCCCUAAACUUGACUGAUCUCUCAUAAUUGAUGGGAAAAUUUCCUCAUCACUGGCUUCAAAAGAAGAAUUAUUAAAAAAACAAAUAAUAACUAUUUCACACAUUUGUCUCUGAGAAAAAUACUAUUAAGUUGCACGUUCUGUCUUUUAACUUUUGUGUGUUUUUGACAUUUUAGUUAAUGUGUGUGUGCACAUAUUACCCAUUCCAUCAUGAUGGCAGUAUUGUUGUUUUUUUUUAAAAAAAAAAAAAAAAAAAAGACUUUCCCUUUAUUGUUAAUGGAAAUGCCAAUAUUUAAGGAAUGAUUUUAGUUUUCCAGCUUUACAUCGCUUUACUGUUUACAUGCUGUUCAAUGUUCAUGUCUAUUUUAGCAUGGGGUCAUGUGACAUUUAACACCAGAAACAAUUGGAGCUCACUUCCUGGCAUUAUGAACACAUGCAAAUCCAUUUGUACAGUUUAAUCUGUGAGAGAAGAGGUUUUAUUCUGUGGACUCUUUACUGACAGCUGCUAAUUCUGGUCCACUCUGUUAAGGUAAACUGCAAACUGAUUUAUUCUGAGAACCGAACUUUAAUCUCCGUGCCCUUUAGGAGACUGUUCCGACGGACCGGUUUGAGGGGUUUUUUUUGUUUGUUUGUUUGUUUGGUUUUUUUUCUUUUGUUUUUUUUUGCAAAUCCAUUAAUUUCAAUGCAGAGCUGAAUGCCCAUUUAAUUAAACUUAUUAAAUAGACAAUGUGUUUGAAUGUAUUUUUUUUUCUCUAUUUCUGUUAAAGGUAAAAUGUGUGUCAUAAUACAUAAUUUAAUGACGUACAUAUGUGUAAGUAUGUCAAAGCGUAGUAGAUCUGUCUCAUUUCCUUCAUUUCUGAUCAUUUCUUUCCUCAAUACAAGCCAAGUAACCCAUUUUAAAAAAUAGAUAUAUAGAUAGAGAGGUAAAAAUAAAAAAUUCACAAAAAUACUCUGCUCUCAGGGGCACAUGGUGGCUUAGUAGUUAACGUGUUCACCUCACACCGCCAGGGUUGGGGGUUUGAUUCCUGCCGCAUCCCUGUGUGUGUGUGUGUGUGUGUGUGAGAGAGAAGUUUGCAUGUUCUCCCAGUGCUGCAGGGGUUUUUCAGUAUAUUUUCUUUUUACCCAGACACGAUCUUGGAUGGAUGCACCUUUAGCACUCAACUGUGUGUAGGACUAUAAAUCUUAACGCCUCUGUACAUCCUUCUAUUAUUUUCCAUUUUUGUAAAAUGAAAUAAAGUAAAACUAAAGGUACCUGUUCACUUAAAUAAUAUCAAUAAUGAUGAUUUAUAGUUCUAACUGUUCAAUAAAUCUGAAGUCGAAAUAAUUAUUGACUAUUGACAUCAAACAAAUGCAUUAAAAAUGAAUUAAGGAAUGUUGGUGAAUUUUAACUGGAACUGCAUAAAAUCAAAAUUAAUUUGGCAGCAAUCGCACAUAACAUACAGGUAAAUUUACCAUAGGGGUGGCUGUGGCUCAGGUAGUAGAGCGGGUUGUCCAUUAAUCGUAGGGUUGGCGGUUCGAUUCCCGGCCCACAUGACUCCACGUACCGAAGUGCCCUUGGGCAAGACACUGAAUCCCAAGUUGCUCCCGAUGGCAAGUUAGCGCCUUGCAUGGCAGCUCUACCAUUGGUGUGUGUGAGAAUGGGUGAAUGAGAUACAGUGUAAAGCGCUUUGGAUAAAAGCGCUAUAUAAGUGUACCAUUUAUCAUAUAAGUUUACAGUUCCUGAGGAUAUCUGUUGCCAUGCCGACCCAUACUCUACAUUAUCUAUCAGGGAAAGAGACCACAGCACGCCAGAUGUAAUUGAUUAGAUUAGAUUAUUCUCACUAGACAAUAACAUUGACAUGUGACCGUGUAUGUGCACUGCUAUGAGUGUACUGGGUGCUGCAGU